GUCCCUCUCACGAUGACCAAGACAAAUUACACUACCAUAUCCACCAUUUGAGAGUUUUCGUGGAUUUUUACGCACUUCUCGACCACAGCUAAACUUGAUAAAGACUCUUUUUUUUUUCCUUCACGAAUUUUCUUGGACAUUUUCUUGGGCAAGUUCAAAUGAUUCGCGCAAAGGCUAUUUUUAAUUCCCUAUUUAUCUUCGGCAAACAGUUUGAUUCGGGUUUCAUACGAUGCACUUUUUAAUUUCAAACAUCCUCGGUCAUAUGUCUAUUGUUUGGGGAGCUACGUACUGUCGGAGUUUUCUGUUUAUUUUUCGAAAAAAGAAGGUCUGAGGAAAUGUUUUGAGGCAUUACAAGAUCAAGAUGCAAGGAAAUCACAUUCACAUGAAGAUAUGUUGAGAAUAAGUACAUGUUUUGGUUUCUCAGAAACCUAACCAGGAUUUUACAGAUCCCCGAAGGUUAACAGCGCUCCAGUGCGAACCUCGGUCACAGUUCACGGGUCACGGUCAGUGGAGCGUGGAUGUCAAGAUAGAUCUGCUUGGAAACAAAACUUUUACGUUUGUUCAUUUUAAAGCUUAAGAACGAUACGUGGACUAAAAGCAAUACAUUUCACCAGGGCUUUUCUUGCAAAAGCCGUUUUUAUGAAUGCUCUUGCCAACUGAUGUCCACCAGAGUGAGUUCACGCUGGAUGUUGGGCCGUAAAAGCAGUCGUGUGACCCAGCAGGGUUAUGCUCUGACCGCCUAUUUCCAUUUUUUCUUGACAUAUUAAUGAUGGAUGAGGUCAAUUAUAGUGUGAUCUUUUUUUAAAUUUUUUUUUAGAUAUUUUCCCCCAAAUUCACGCAAACAUAUUUGCAUAUUUACUUUUACUGUCGACUUUAGGUCUUCUUCAGUUUCAAUUGCCUUUUUUUAAGCUAAACUUUCUUUGGACUUCGAAAAAAUUUAUACUGCAGAAACAUCGACGAACAAAACGGACUACAAACGUACGCACAAACCUUUAAAAGAACAAAAACAGGACAUUAAAUAAUUGUUUGGCGGGUUUUAACGAGAAGGCCUGUUCUACUGACCAAUGGAAAUCCACUGCAAACACGACCCGUUCGCAGCGAUGCACAGGCAUGGAGGGGUGAAUCAGCUGGGUGGGGUGUUUGUUAAUGGGCGACCCUUGCCUGAUGUGGUGAGGCAGAGGAUAGUGGAGCUGGCCCAUCAAGGUGUGCGCCCAUGUGACAUCUCCCGCCAGCUUCGGGUCAGCCAUGGCUGUGUCAGCAAGAUACUGGGCAGGUAUUAUGAGACAGGCAGCAUCAGACCAGGAGUGAUCGGAGGCUCCAAACCAAAGGUUGCUACACCCAAAGUCGUCGACAAAAUCGCUGAUUACAAACGCCAAAACCCCACCAUGUUUGCCUGGGAGAUCCGAGACAGACUACUGGCAGAGAGAGUUUGUGACAAUGACAGCGUGCCCAGCGUCAGUUCAAUCAACAGAAUCAUUCGCACUAAAGUCCAGCAGCCACCUGGCCAAUCAGCUGUCUCUGCCCAUAACUUAGCCUCUACAGUGGCAGUUACCCAGGUGUCUGCAGUAACCAGUGACGCAGCUGGCUCCUCUUACUCUAUUAGUGGGAUUCUAGGAAUUAGCUCACCUGCUGAUGCAAGCAAGCGGAAGAGAGAUGAAGCUUUACAGGAUUCUCCUUUGGCGAAUGGACAUGCUCACUCAGGGCGGGACUUCCUGCGGAAGCAGAUGCGAGGAGAGCUCUUUACACCGCAGCAGCUCGAGGUAUUGGACCAUGUCUUUGAUCGACAGCCCUAUCCUGACAUUUACCCCGCCCCUGACAUCAUCAGCAACAAGCCUGCCCAGACAUCUGAUUACUCGGCUAUGGCAUCUCUGGCUGGUGGAUUGGAGGAGAUGAAGAACAGCUUGGCUAAUCAUACGGGAGCAGAGUUGGGUUCAACCGUUGCAGGACCUCAAUCAUAUCCACUAGUAUCCGGUCGUGACCUGGCAAGCACCACGCUCCCUGGAUACCCCCCUCAUGUCCCUCCAACUGGGCAGGGUAGUUACUCCACACCCUCUCUCACAGGGAUGGUACCUGGAGGAGAUUUCUCUGGAAGUCCUUAUUCCCACCCACAGUAUUCUACAUACAAUGAGUCUUGGAGAUUUGCUAAUCCCAGUCUACUAGUGUUCCAGCAGGAGUAUGGUUCUUUACUGGGCUCAGAAAGAGCAGCGUCAUCGGGCCUAUUCCCUGGUCAAACCCCACAACCGACAGGAUCUCCAUACUACUAUAGUGCAGCCACACGGGGAGCAGGAACAGCUGCAACUGCCACUCCCUAUGACCGCCACUGACCAGCCAGACAGAGGAGAUGAGAAAAGAAUGAAAGAGUGGGAGAAAUGAAAAAAUAAAGUAUUGAUUAAUAGCACCCAGACAAGACUGCCUACACUUGGAAGAGAAGUAAAGGAGGUGCAGUGAGGAGAAAGGAGAAAGAAAGAAGAGGUGACAAUGUUUUCCUGCCAAUUACAAUCAAUGGUCAAAUCAGUAUCAUCAGCUUAAAUGUGUCUAAUUUUCUGUGCAUUAGUGGAACGUUACAACUAUACACCCAUACACCUUCAAUUCACCUGUAUUUUCUUCUAUUGGUUUGCUUCAUCUUCUGUCAUUAAAGCUUUGCAUGUCCUAUCGUCUUUGCAUCUCUAUGCAUUCUGUUCUUAUAGAGAUGAUCAGGUGUUGGGAGUUGGUACCAGACAAUCUACUAGUGGCAGCUUGAGGUGACCUAUGUGAUUUGUGUUGAACAAGUUCUUAUUGUAAUUUCAUCAGCAUGUUACUCGAAACUUUGUUACUGAGGCAUCAUAAUCUGUGACCUUUUCUGUUUUACUGGUAAAAGUCCACUAGAGAAGUGAAUUGUUUUCUGGAGAUAAUCUUUUAUCCCUACAAAGAAUGUCAACUGAGAUUCGAAAGAGUUGGACAGAUAACUCAGGUCAGAAUUUUGACAUUAUAUACAGUACAUUAAAAGUAGCCAGUGAGAAGAACAGAGCCAAUUGUGUUUACUGUUCAGUCAUGGGAUUUUUCCAUUUGUAAUUCUAGUAUAAGUAUGGUAGUGUUAGGAGACAUAUUACUGAAAGACACUGAAAUGCAUAACAGUGCCCUGAUGAGUAAGCACAAGAGAUUUUUUUCCCCUCAAUUCAAUCUAUGAAUCAUUUAAGCAUAAUGGACAGUUUCUAUAAACUGAUUAAGGUGGAAUUUUAGCAUUAGCUGCAAUGUUAUUUUUAUUACUCAUUAAGCUAGGCUAAAAAAAAAUGGGAGAUUGAAAUAUACUGUUUUGUGAUUCAGUCAUUAUGUGAAAUAUGAUGGAAAAUAGCAGCAUGAUUUAAAUGUUGAAGCACUGUCAUCAUGAAUGAGAGCAUCAAUGUUUUAAAAGAAUAGUUCUCCCAAAAAUGAAAUUCAGUCAUCAUUUACUCACCCUCAUGACGUUCCAAACCCAUAUGACUUUCUUUUUUCAGUAGAAAACAAAAGGAGGAAUUUUAAAUAAACUUGUUCACUGAUUUCAAUACAAUGGCAGUUUAUAGUGACUCAAUUUAAAGCGUAAUAAAGGACUUAAGAUUAUAUAAAAAUUGUCCCUGUGACUCAUGCGUCAUAUUCCAUGUCUUCUGAAGGUAUACUGUUGGUGAAAUAUGGUGAGAUGAGAUGGUUUUGGUUAGAAAUUAGCUGAAAUUUAAGUUAUUUACAGUGAAAAUGCUGACUAGAUCUAUGACUCUCUUUUGAGUGGAGGACAUGCAGCCUGAUAUCACAGUAAAUUCUGAACAACAAUAGGUUGACUUUUCUUGAGCUAAAGUCAGUCUGUGCUUACUGAGCUUCGAAGCACUUCCCCCAGUAGCUGAAGCAAGAAGUUUUUUUGAACUUAUGGGCACGUGUGAGCUGCAGUAUCCAGGUGAAAUGCCCACAGAGGGCUGUCAAAAGCGAAUAGUUUUUUGUUAAAAAAUGGAAUGCAUUUUUUUUUUUAACCCCCAAACCCCAACCCUAAACUUAACUAAAUUAAAAAUAUAAUUUUUGAGGGAAAAUGGAACAUAUGAAUCACGUUCAUCACUGAUUAUACAAAAACUAUUACCUCCUGUUUUCAACACAGGACGACAUACAGAGAAAUUGCAUAAUAAAUAUUGCCAUUUAGAAUCGUUCAGUUUCAUACACAAACCUGCAAACUUAUCAACGUCACUUUGUUCAUUCCUGAAGAAGUACAAAAGCCUUCAUAACUUUGGACUGCCAUCCGCUGUGCCGCAUCAGCUUGUCCUGUGUGUGUGUGUGUGUGUGUGCGUGUGU